AUGCAACUUUCAGCAUUAAUUUUCGUUGUAUUUGCUGUUGUGUCAGCAAAUGCUUUUACAACGGCUCAAACUCGAUUUCAAGCCGAAACAUUACAACGUCAUAAUGAAUUACGAGCUCGUCAUUGUGCUCCACCACUUCAACUUGAUAAUAAUCUGAGUACAAUAGCACAAAACUAUGCUGAAUAUCUUGCUUCAAGAAAUCUGUUUCAACAUUCAAAUAAUGGUUAUGGAGAAAAUCUUUAUAUGAUGAGUAGUUCAUCAUCAUUAGCAAAUUUACAUGGAAGUGCAGCCACUCAAUCAUGGUACGACGAAAUCAGUAUGUAUAGCUUUAAUCGACCAGGUUUUUCUUCGCAAACUGGUCAUUUUACCCAAGUUGUAUGGAAAGGUAGCACAAAACUUGGUGUUGGUAUUGGUUUUGGUAAUGGUGGACGUACAGCUGUUGUUGUUGCUAAUUAUAAUCCACCAGGAAAUUAUAUGGGACAAUUUCAACAAAAUGUAUUGUCAAAUCAAUGCUAA